AUGGGCAAGACUACAGGCUGCUGCCAAAGCUUUCUGUUAAAUUAUGAAACACCAAAAAUACUGGUUAUUCCAAACACAGGGGUAGGAUGUGUCUUCAGGUUCGCCCAGCUUCUGGUGUUGCUGUAUGUGGUGGGGUAUGUGUGUGUGGUGCGGAAGGCCUACCAGGAGAAAGACUCUGUCAUCAGUACCGUCACCACCAAAGUGAAAGGUUUUGCCUUCACCAACACGUCUGACAUGGACCCCCGAUUUUGGGAUGUUGCUGAUUAUGUUAUCCCACCUCAGGGUGAUAAUUCAUUCUUUGUAGUAACAAACAUGGUUGUUACCCCCCAUCAAACCCAGUCACGUUGCCCUGAGCUUCCAAACCCAUCAACUACUUGUGUAGAUGACUGUGACUGUAUAGAGGGCCACAGCAGUCCUCGAGGCAAUGGUAUACAGACAGGGCUGUGCGAGAACUAUACCACAACUGUCCGGACAUGUGAAGUGCUCUCAUGGUGCCCUCUUGAAAUUGACACUAAGCUGCCUAAACGUGCACUGCUGGCUGCAGCAGAGAACUUCACGGUGCUGAUCAAAAACAGCAUAACAUACCCCAAGUUCAACUUUCACGGAAGAAACAUACUGCCACAUAUUAACUCCUCCUACCUGAAGAGGUGUGAGUUCAGUCGUACAACGGACCCUCACUGCCCAAUAUUCCGUCUCAAACACAUCGUUUCCGAGGCCGGAGAGGACUUUCAAGACAUGGCUGUGAAGGGUGGUGUCCUAGGUAUUAUUAUUGACUGGAGCUGUGACCUGGACUGGUGGGCAGGGAAGUGUUACCCCAAAUACAGCUUCCGCAGGCUGGACAAUAAAAAUCCUGUCAAUAAUGUGGCCCCUGGACACAACUUCAGGUUUGCAAAAUACUACAAGACCCCAGAUGGAGCGGAAACUAGAACAUUAAUCAAAGCAUACGGGAUCCGGUUUGAAGUCCUUGUAUUUGGAACUGCAGGACAAUUUGGAAUUGUACCAACCAUAGUGAACUUGGGUGCAGCAUUAGCAUUGCUCGGUUUGGUUCCCAAAGUUACCGACUGGGUUAUGAUGACAUUCGCGAGAAAAAGAGAUCUUUACAAAAAACAUAAAGUCUCAUUUCUAAAUGAGGAGACUGACACUCACUCAAUGUCUGUGGGCACCAGCUACGGAACCCAGUAGCAUGGUCACAUCUGAACCUGCUCUAAAAAAACUGAAAUAAAAGUUCUUCAUCAUUUGAAUUCUUCAAUAAAACUGAUUAAAUG